CGGGCGCCCAAAAAGAAGAAGAGGAAGAAGUCGGCAGUGAGCCAGGCAGCUCAGCGCAGCAGCAGUGCCUGCCUCAGUGAACGCAGCCGCGGAAGGCUGUCACAAACGGGCUUAUCGGAGCCGCCGCACGGCUGGAUCUCACCCUCGGUUCGGCGGAGAGGACGGCCACAGCCAUGCUGGUUCUCCCAGGUCGGAGAAAGCUGAUCGCCUGAGCCGAGUGGAGCACUAAGCGAGGUGCUCUCUAAUUGGCGUCAAAGAUGUCGGAUAAGAUGUCCAGCUUCUUGCACAUCGGGGACAUCUGCUCCCUGUAUGCAGAGGGAUCCACCAAUGGUUUCAUCAGUACUCUGGGUUUGGUGGAUGAUCGAUGCGUUGUCCAGCCUGAUGCCGGAGACCUCAACAACCCCCCGAAGAAGUUCAGAGACUGCCUGUUUAAACUUUGCCCCAUGAACCGCUACUCAGCCCAGAAGCAGUUCUGGAAAGCAGCAAAGCCCGGAGGGAACACCGACACGGUGCUGCUCAACAAGCUCCACCACGCAGCCGACCUGGAGAAGAAACAAAAUGACUCUGAAAACAAAAAGCUCCUGGGAACAGUGAUACAGUACGGGAAUGUCAUUCAGCUGCUUCACCUGAAGAGCAACAAAUACCUGACGGUGAACAAACGGCUGCCGGCGCUGUUGGAGAAGAACGCCAUGAGGGUGAUGUUGGACACGGCAGGAAAUGAAGGCUCCUGGUUCUACAUUCAGCCCUUCUACAAGCUCCGCUCCAUCGGGGACAGUGUGGUGAUUGGGGACAAAGUGGUCCUGAACCCGGUGAACGCUGGUCAGCCGCUACAUGCCAGCACACAUCAGCUUGUGGAUAACCCAGGAUGCAAUGAGGUGAACUCUGUAAACUGUAACACCAGCUGGAAGAUUGUCCUGUUUAUGAAAUGGAGCGACAACCGGGAGUGCGUCCUGAAAGGAGGUGAUGUUGUUCGGCUGUUCCAUGCAGAGCAGGAGAAGUUCCUCACGUGCGACGACCACAGAAAGAAGCAAUACGUCUUCCUUCGCACUACUGGACGGCAGUCGGCUACCUCGGCGACCAGCAGCAAAGCCCUCUGGGAGAUCGAGGUUGUGCAGCAUGAUCCAUGUCGGGGCGGGGCGGGCUAUUGGAACAGCCUGUUCCGCUUCAAACACCUGGCCACAGGACACUACCUGGCUGCAGAGGUAACCUCGGAGUAUGAAGAGGAGUGCCCCGAUUUCUGCUCUCCGCUUGACUCAGAGCCAAACACCCUGAGACCCCGCUUGAAAAAUGUCCAAGAUAAGGUUUUCUACACUCUCAUAUCGGUUCCUGACGGAAACGACAUCUCCUCCAUAUUCGAGCUGGACCCGACCACCUUAAGAGGGGGGGACUCGCUUGUGCCCAGGAACUCUUAUGUGCGACUCCGACACCUCUGCACCAACACGUGGGUUCACAGCACUAACCAGCCGAUAGACAAGGAAGAAGAAAAGCCCGUCAUGCUGCGUAUUGGCACAUCCGGACAUAAAGAGGACAAAGAGGCUUUUGCCAUUGUGCCCGUCUCCCCGGCUGAAGUGAGGGACCUUGAUUUCGCAAACGAUGCCAGCAAAGUGCUGGCCUCUAUAGCUGGAAAGCUGGAAAAGGGCACCAUCACGCAGAACGAGAGGAGAGCGGUUACGAAGCUCCUGGAGGAUUUGGUGUUCUUUGUGGUGGACAUUCCCAACAACGGACAGGAUGUUCUGGAAAUUAUGGUGAACAAACCCAACAGGGAGCGACAGAAACUCAUGAGAGAACAGAAUAUUCUCAAGCAGAUCUUCAAGCUGCUGCAGGCGCCCUUCACAGACAGCGGGGAUGGGCCCAUGCUGCGACUCGAGGAGCUGGCCGACCAGCGCCAUGCCCCCUUCAGACACAUCUGCCGCCUGUGUUACAGGGUCCUGCGUCACUCUCAGCAGGAUUAUCGCAAGAAUCAGGAGUACAUCGCCAAACAGUUUCGCUUCAUGCAGAAGCAGAUCGGCUACGACGUCCUGGCCGAGGACACCAUCACAGCUCUGCUCCAUAACAACCGCAAGCUGCUGGAGAAGCACAUCACUGCUGCAGAGAUCGACACGUUUGUGAGCCUGGUCCGCAAGAACCGGGAGCCCAGGUUCUUGGACUACCUGUCGGACCUGUGUGUGUCGAUGAACAAGUCCAUCCCUGUGACACAGGAGCUCAUCUGUACUGCAGUGUUGGAUCCAGCGAAUGCUGACAUCCUCAUAGAAACAAAACUGGUGCUUUCGAGGUUUGAGAUCGAGGGAGCACAGCUCGGGGAGAACUCUGUGGAAGCAGAGGAGGAUGAGGAGGAGGUGUGGUUGUUCUGGAAGAACAGCGACAAGGAGAUCCGCAGUAAAAGCAUCCGGGAGCUGGCCCAGGAUGCCAAAGAGGGCCAGAAGGAGGACAAGGAAGUGAUCAAUUACUACAGGUAUCAGCUGAACCUGUUCGCCAGGAUGUGCUUGGACCGCCAGUAUCUGGCAAUCAACAAGAUCUCCAUCCAGCUCGACGUCGACCUGAUCUUACGAUGCAUGUCGGACGAAGACCUGCCCUAUGACCUGCGAGCCUCCUUCUGCCGGCUGAUGCUGCACAUGCACGUGGACCGCGACCCACAGGAGCAAGUCACGCCGGUCAAAUACGCACGGCUUUGGUCCGAGAUCCCGUCGGAAAUCUGCAUUAACGACUACGACAAUGAUGGGACGACAAAAGAUAAAAUUAAGGAGCGAUUCUCGCAGACUAUGGAGUUUGUUGAAAACUACCUCAGGGACGUGGUGUGUCAGCACUUUCCAUUCGCAGACAAGGAAAAGAACAAGCUCACGUCCGAGGUGGUGAACCUGGCCAGGAAUCUGAUUUAUUUCGGCUUCUACAACUUCAGUGACCUCCUCAGACUAACCAAGAUCCUGCUGGCUAUUCUGGAUUGUGUCCACGUGAACACCAUUUUCCCAUUCACCAAGCUGGACAAAGCCGACGUAAGCAGAGGGAGUAAUGUGAUGAGGUCCAUUCACGGCGUAGGAGAACUGAUGUCCCAAGUAGUCCUGAGAGGAGGCGGGUUCCUCCCCAUAGAUCCAAACACCGGCUCGGACGGAGACACGGUGAAGACCCAGAUUGAACCAGAGAAACAGGACAUUCUGGUCAUGGACACUAAACUCAAGAUCAUAGAGAUCCUGCAGUUUAUCCUGAAUGUCCGCCUGGACUACAGGAUCUCCUGUCUUCUGUCGAUCUUUAAGCGGGAGUUUGAUGAGAGUAACUCCCAGAGCGAGUUAUCCAUAAGCGGAGCAGUAGAAGGGCCAAACAACAUGCCAGGUGCUUUGGAUUUUGAGCACAUAGAAGAGCAAGCGGAGGCGAUCUUUGGUGGAAGUGAGGAAAACACGCCUCUGGACUUGGACGAUCACGGCGGUCGAACCUUCUUAAGGGUCUUGCUGCACCUAACCAUGCACGAGUAUCCUCCGCUGGUGUCAAGGGCCCUGCACCUGCUCUUCAGGCAUUUCAGCCAGAGGCAGGAGGUCCUGCAGGCGUUCAAACAGGUGCAGUUGCUGGUCACGAGCCAGGAUGUGGACAACUAUAAGCAGAUAAAGGAAGACCUGGACAAGCUGCGCUCCAUAGUUGAGAAAUCGGAGCUGUGGGUGUACAAGAGGCAGGGACCCGAUGAAGGCUUGGAUGGAGGAGACGGGCUGCCAGCGGAGCGGGAUCUUCAAAAGGAGGACUCAGCAGCCACGGACAAACCCAGGAAGCCAGAAAGCUCUAGCAGCAAAAACUACCGGGUGAUAAAGGAGGUCUUGUUGCGUCUCAGCAGGUUGUGUAUCCAAGAAGGCGUGUCGGGUAGAAAGAGCCGAAAACAACAGCAGAGGCUGCUGAGAAACAUGGGGGCUCAUUCUGUGGUUCUUGAGCUGCUGCAGAUACCGUAUGAAAAGGGGGAAGAUGUACGCAUGCAGGACAACAUGAAACUAGCCCACCAGUUUCUGCAGAACUUCUGUGCAGGAAACCAGCAGAACCAGGCCCUGCUCCAUAAACACAUCAAUCUUUUCCUCACUCCAGGGAUCCUGGAGGCUGUCACCAUGCAGCACAUUUUCAGGAACAACUUCCAGCUCUGCAGCGAGAUCAACGAGCGCGUGGUCCAGCACUUCGUCCACUGCAUCGAAACGCACGGCCGCAACGUGCAGUACCUCAAGUUCCUGCAGACGAUCGUCAAGGCGGAGAGCAAGUUCAUCAAAAAGUGUCAGGACGUCGUCAUGGCAGAGCUGGUGAAUGCCGGGGAAGACGUUCUGGUCUUCUACAACGAUCGAGCCUCUUUCCAGACUCUGGUCCAGAUGAUGCGGUCGGAGCGGGAUCGGAUGGACGAGAACAGCCCGCUGAGGUACCACAUCCACCUGGUGGAGCUGUUGGCCGUCUGCACCGAGGGCAAGAAUGUCUACACAGAGAUCAAGUGCAACUCCCUGUUACCGCUGGACGACAUAGUGCGGGUCGUAACCCACGAAGACUGCAUCCCUGAGAUCAAGAUUGCAUACAUCAACUUUCUGAACCACUGCUAUGUGGACACUGAGGUGGAAAUGAAGGAGAUCUACACCUCCAACCACAUGUGGAAACUCUUUGAUAACUUUCUGGUUGACAUUUGCAGAGUGUGCAACAACACAAGCGACCGUAAGCACGCCGAUGCCGUCCUGGAGCGCUACGUGACGGAGACGGUUAUGAGCAUCGUAACCACUUUCUUCAGCUCUCCUUUCUCCGACCAGAGCACCACCCUGCAGGAUAAACGGCUGAGGAAAAAUUUGCAGACCAGGCAACCCGUCUUUGUGCAGCUGCUGCAGGCAGUUUUCAGGGUCUAUCAUUGCUACUGGUUGGGUUCAGGCCAGAAGGGCUCUGUUGAAACCUGUAUUAAAGUGCUCUCUGAUGUUGCCAAAAGCAGAGCGAUAGCCAUCCCAGUGGACCUGGACAACCAGGUGAACAACCUGUUUGUGAGAUCCAACAACAUCGUGCAGCGGACCGCCAUCAGCUGGAGGCUCUCUGUUCGCAACUCUCAGCUCUCAACUCGCAGAGAAUCGGUGGUGACCGUGUCAAGGGACUACAGGAAUAUUAUCGAGAGGCUGCAGGACAUUGUGUCAGCUCUUGAGGACCGUCUGCGUCCACUGGUCCAAGCUGAGCUGUCCGUCCUGGUGGAUGUGCUGCAUCGGCCUGAGCUGCUCUUCCCUGAGAACACCGACUCACGCAAGAAGUGUGAGAGCGGAGGGUUUAUAUGCAAGCUGAUCAAACACACUAAACAACUGCUCGAGGAAAAUGAAGAGAAACUGUGUAUCAAAGUUCUGCAAACGCUUCGAGAGAUGAUGACGAAGGACCGCGGUUAUGGAGAGAAGCUCAGGGCCUUUGAUGAUGAGAUGGAAAUGCCUAAGAAGCUGGAUCAGAACGUGCCUGCGAAACUGUUGGCAGACCAGAGAAGGGGUGAGGCGCUCAGACAGAUUCUGGUGAGCCGUUACUAUGGAAACUUCCAUCGGAGCGGUGGGCGGAGGGACAGCCUGACGUCAUUUGGCAAUGGCCCCCUCAGUCCGGUAGGGCCGGGCAGGAGCCAAUCAGCUUUAGGGGGGCCAGGCGGCCUCAGUCGGGGGGAGAUGACCCUGGCUGAGGUGCAGUGUCAUCUGGACAAAGAAGGAGCUUCGGAUCUCGUUAUUGAUCUAAUCAUGAACACUACCAGUGACAGAGUCUUCCAAGAAAGCAUCCUAUUGGCCAUUGCAUUGCUGGAAGGAGGAAACACAACCAUCCAGCGUUCAUUCUUUUGCCGUCUGACCGAUGACAAGAAAUCAGAGAAGUUCUUCCGGGUUUUCUACGACCGUAUGAAGUCGGCCCAGCAGGAAAUCAAAGCGACGGUGACAGUAAACACGAGCGAUUUAGGAAACAGGAGAAGAGACGAUGACAGCCAGGACAAAGACGUCCCCGCUCGCAAAAAAGCUCGAGAUGCAGCCGUGGCAAUGACAGAAGAUGUGAAAGAGCAGUUAAUAGAGGCCUCAUCUGCCACCAAGAAGGCUUUCAACUCUUACCGACGUGAAGCUGACCCAGAGGACCACUGUACCUCGGCAGAUGGCCUGCCCAGCGCCGGGGCCAACAACCACGAGGAAAAGAUGAGUUUUGUGAUCGUUAUCAUGCAGCCCAUUCUUCGCUUCCUGCAGCUACUUUGUGAGAACCACAACCGUGACCUGCAGAACUUCCUUCGCUGCCAGAAUAAAAAGAACAACUACAACCUGGUGUGCGAGACCUUGCAGUUCUUGGACUGCAUCUGUGGAAGCACCACGGGAGGCCUCGGCCUGCUGGGGCUGUACAUCAACAAGGACAACGUUGCCCUCAUCAACCAAACGCUGGAGAGCCUAACGGAGUACUGCCAAGGUCCCUGUCAUGAAAACCAGAAUUGUAUAGCAACUCAUGAGUCCAACGGCAUCGACAUCAUCAUUGCCCUGAUUCUGAAUGACAUCAACCCUCUUGGAAAGAAACGGAUGGAUCUAGUGUUGGAGCUUAAGAAUAACGCCUCCAAGUUGCUGCUCGCCAUUAUGGAGAGCCGCCAUGACAGUGAGAACGCAGAGAGGAUCCUGUACAACAUGAAGCCUAAAGAGCUGGUGGAGGUGAUCAAGAAGGCCUAUCUUCAGGGUGAGGUAGAGUUUGUGGACAUAAAGGAGGAAGAGGACCCACGAGAUGAAGAGGAACAUGAUGCUGCUUCACCCCGUAAUGUUGGACACAACAUCUAUAUUCUGGCUCACCAGUUGGCGCGUCAUAACAAAGAGCUGUCCAUGAUGUUGAAGCCCGGAGGUCCCAGCGGAGAUGGAGACGAGGCCUUGGAGUUUUACGCCAAGCACACCGCUCAGAUAGAGAUUGUGCGUCAGGAUCGCACCAUGGAGGAGAUAGUGUUCCCCGUGCCCAACAUCUGUGAGUUCCUGACGUCGGAGUCAAAGUUGCGGGUCUACUACACCACUGAGAGAGACGAGCAGGGCAGCAAGAUUAACGACUUCUUCUUGCGAGCAGAAGACCUCUUUAAUGAGAUGAACUGGCAGAAGAAGCUCAGAGCUGAGCCGGUGCUGUACUGGUGCUCCAGAAACAUGUCGGUGUGGAGCAGCAUCUCCUUUAAACUGGCCUUGCUCAUGAAUCUGAUGGUCUGCCUAUUUUACCCCCUGGAGGGGGUACAUGGAGAAAUGCUGGAGCCCCGUCUGUCUGCUCUGCUGUGGAUGGGACUCUUUGCAGCGCUGGUCCUCGUUGUGCUCAUGCCGCAGCCGCUGGGCAUCCUAGCCCUGGUCGCCAUCACGAUUCUCCGUCUCAUCUUCUCUGUGGGCCUGGAGCCUACACUCUUCCUUCUGGGUGCCUUUAAUGUUUGUAAUAAAAUCAUCUUCCUGAUAAGUUUUGUUGGAAACCGAGGGACUUUCACACGAGGAUAUAAAGCCAUGGUGAUUGACUUCGAGUUCCUCUAUCAUCUCAUCUACCUCAUCAUCUGCUGCCUGGGGGUGUUUGGCCAUGUCUUCUUCUACAGCCUGUUGCUGUUUGACCUGGUGUAUAGGGAAGAGACCCUGCUGAACGUGAUCAAGAGCGUGACACGUAACGGACGCUCCAUCGUGUUGACAGCUGUGCUUGCCCUCAUCCUGGUCUACCUGUUCUCCAUCGUCGGCUACAUCUUCUUCAAAGACGACUUCAUCUUAGAGGUGGACCAUAUCGCCAACACAACCCAAAAGAGUGGAGGCAGUCUUGCUGGAGAGUUUCUGAGCACAGGAAUGUGUCAAGGAGGUAUUGAUGAGAACUGCAGCACCAAUACUCAGCAGGAAGAGGUUGUGAUCGACGACGACGAGGAUGAAAACAACAUGGAGCGGACGUGCGACUCUCUGCUCAUGUGUAUUGUUACGGUGCUGAGUCACGGCCUGAGGAGCGGAGGGGGUGUGGGGGAUGUUCUCCGUAAGCCUUCUAAGGAGGAGCCACUGUUUGCAGCCAGAGUGGUUUACGACCUGCUCUUCUUCUUCAUGGUCAUCAUCAUCGUCCUCAACCUCAUCUUCGGUGUCAUCAUCGAUACCUUUGCUGACCUGAGAAGCGAAAAACAGAAGAAAGAGGAAAUCCUGAAGACUACCUGCUUCAUCUGUGGUCUGGAGCGUGACAAGUUCGACAAUAAGACGGUGACUUUCGAAGAGCACAUCAAAGAGGAGCACAAUAUGUGGCACUACCUCUACUUCAUAGUGCUGGUAAAAGUGAAAGAUUCGACAGAAUACACAGGACCUGAGAGCUACGUGGCAGAGAUGAUCAAGGAGCACAACCUGGACUGGUUUCCUCGGAUGCGCGCCAUGUCCCUGGUGAGCAGCGACUCGGAGGGGGAGCAGAAUGAAAUCAGGAGCCUGCAGGAGAAGCUGGAGUCAACCAUGAGGCUGGUGAUCAACCUGUCUGGACAGCUGACGGAGCUAAAGGAGCAGAUGACUGAGCAGAGGAAGCACAAACAACGAAUCGGUCUUCUGGGUCAUCCCCCACAUCUGAACAUUAAUCCCCAGCAGCCUGCCUGAUUUCCCUGGAGGAGAGUCUACCUUUCACCGGUGCCUCAGCAGCACCCACCCGACACCAGCACCACAAUGUGCCCAAAUGUCUUCAGGUGGUGAUCUGACCACCUGGUAUGGUUCACCCGACCCUCCUGAGAUAUUGUUUCUUCAGUGGACAUGUUUGUAUCUGUGUGUCUACGUGAAGUGAACGCUGUAACCCUUCGCAGCACGCGGGUUAAGUUUGCACAAAGUGCCUGGAGACCUCAGAAGUCAGUCCUGUAAGUCAAGGAUAUGAACGCGAGUUUUAGGACCCGGCCUGUUUUCUGCCUAUCGUCCCUCCUGAAAGCCAGAGUCCAGCCUCUGUAGCAGGAGGAGGUUUCCCCGUCAAGUGUCCUUUUGUCAAGGGUCGUAUCCUCAGUGUUGCGGCAGUAAACUCAGGCCAAAUGUAGAUUUGAAGGUUUGUUUCAGCGUGUUAUUUAAUAAUUGGUGUCAUCUGACGGCAAUAGGGAUAUAUGAUAUGCAAUGUGUGAACAGGAGCGAGUUAUUUUGGAGUUACUUUUUUUUAUUUGAACGAGUUUAUUUUUAAAACAUUGAGACAAGACAAUCUUGAAGAGUUCCAAUAGCUUCCUUAUACUGUGUCUUUUUUUUUGUUUGUUUUAUAAAAACCUUUGUGUCUUUUUUUAUUCUCUUUUUUUUACUUUUAGGGAAAGUAUUUAUCACUUUCAAAACUUACUAUCUCUAACAGAGAUUCUGCUUGUUCUAGGACAGUUCAGAUGAAAAUGAAAAGAUUUCAAACUAAGAAGCUUUUUGUGAAGAUGGAUGACUUUGACUCCUCAAAACCCGUCCACAGCCCUUACCUUAAACGAUGUCUGGUGUGAACUCACUGGAGGGAAUUUCUCCAUGUUGUGAUUAUUAAUGGAUGGGCUCGACAGAAGCCGGUAAAACACAAACGUUAGUGAGCCUACACUGAAUUAUGUAUCUUUUUAACUAUUUAGUCCGAAGCACUGAUAUUUUCUGUAGCACACAACUACUUUGUAAAACGUCAUCAUGAGAAUGACCUUCUUGAGUGUGUGAGUGUAUAUGAGGUCACUUGCCGUGCUGCUUGACCAAACUAGGCUUUUCUACUAAUUGACGGUUUGUGUCUGAAUUGUACAUUCCAUUCUUGGAGUUUAUUUAAAUAAAGAACGUGUAAAAUA